UGAAAGAAUGCCUUCACUGUAAAAAAAAAAAAAAAAAAAAAAAAAACACAGAGAGCAGUGCAUUCAGCGACAGAGGGAGAGAGAUCUAGAGAGAGAGAGAGAGAGAGAGGAAUGGAAACAGAGUAAGAGGGAAGAGGGUUAGCCUACUACUACUGCACAUAAACCCAGAUUUGAUCAAACUUGUGUUCAGUAAGACGGCAGAAAACUUACCCAGAUCAAACCGACUCGGUCUGAACCAUCAAACACACUUGUUGAGUUAAUGCAACUGAGAAAAAAAAACUUGCGGAACUUGACACGCGUUUGGAUGAGUAUGCAGACUUAUGAGCGGCGUUAGUAUAAAUGCAUUUGCCUUUCAGAAGUUAAUGCGCAUUUACUGAAGGGACGGAUCCGGUUUAUAUGAGGUGCAGACAAUUUGCAAAUGACGGACUGUGUAAAAAUUGUCUUGUUCAAUUUCAGGUGAUCGGAAGUAAAAAAUAAAAUAAAAUCGAACCUGUGGAUUAAACAAAGGAGGAGUUUGGACAUUUUUUGAACUUUCGUGCUCUUUGUAUCGGUGAGUGCAUGAACGUUUGCUAAAAGAAAUUAAAACGAUGGAAGUAAGUCCGGAGCAGCCCCGCUGGAUGACCCAUCAUCACCCGGUCAUUAACGGCCAGCAUCCCGAGACACACCACCCGGGACUCGGACACUCCUACAUGGACCCAUCGCAGUAUUCCCUCACGGAAGAUGUGGAUGUAUUGUUUAAUAUCGACGGACAGAGCAACCACCCGUACUACGGGAACUCGGUUCGGGCCGUGCAGAGAUACCCACCGCCACCUCACAGUAGUCAGGUGUGUCGCCCAUCAUUGCUACAUGGCUCUCUGCCUUGGCUUGAUGGAAGUAAAGGCAUCGGCCCUCAUCACAGUACCUCACCCUGGAACCUUGGCCCCUUCCCCAAGACCUCCCUGCACCACAGUUCCCCUGGUCCUCUGUCCGUCUACCCCCCAGCUUCGUCCUCCUCUCUGUCUGGUGGCCACUCCAGCCCACAUCUCUUCACCUUUCCCCCCACUCCACCCAAAGAUGUGUCCCCUGACCCGGCCAUUUCCACGUCAGGCUCUGGCUCGUCUUUACGGCACGAGGACAAAGAGUGCAUUAAGUACCAGGUGUCUCUGGCCGAGAGCAUGAAGCUGGAUUCGGCUCAUAGUCGGAGCAUGGCCUCGAUCGGAGCGGGCGCAUCCUCCGCGCACCACCCCAUCGCCACUUACCCUUCCUAUGUGUCCGAUUACGGGCCGGGGCUCUUCCCACCAAGUAGCCUGAUAGGUGGGUCCUCUUCUAGUUAUGGUUCCAAAACGAGACCAAAAACAAGGUCCUGUUCAGAGGGUAGAGAAUGUGUUAACUGCGGGGCCACCUCAACUCCUCUGUGGCGAAGGGAUGGCACCGGUCACUAUUUGUGUAACGCCUGCGGACUGUACCACAAGAUGAACGGACAGAACCGACCCCUCAUCAAACCCAAGCGCAGGCUGUCUGCUGCCAGACGAGCAGGGACCUCAUGUGCAAACUGUCAAACGACCACGACGACACUGUGGCGGAGAAAUGCGAAUGGCGAUCCUGUCUGUAACGCCUGUGGCCUCUAUUACAAAUUACACAAUAUCAACCGACCACUCACCAUGAAGAAGGAGGGCAUCCAGACCCGUAACAGGAAGAUGUCCAGCAAGUCCAAGAAGAGCAAAAAGUCCCAUGACAGCAUGGAGGAUUUCUCCAAAAGCUUGAUGGAAAAGAACAGUUCCUUCAGCCCAGCCGCCCUCUCACGUCACAUGACCUCAUUCCCUCCUUUCUCACACACCGGCCACAUGUUGACCACACCCACCCCAAUGCACCCCUCCUCCAGCUUGCCCUUCGCCCCACACCACCCAUCCAGUAUGGUCACAGCGAUGGGCUAGAGCACUCUGCUACCUCCAACCACCCAAUCUCCAGACGGUGGACAUUUUAAAGCACCGUUACCUUGAAGCCUCUCAUCUGCCACAAUCCUCCGACCUUGAACCAGCUGGUGCUCUGUCUGAGCCCCCAAAUUCCUUCCCCUUGGUAUGGUCUGCUUAAAACCCUCUACCCCAAAUCCUGACGGAGAGACAGUGAGAACGAAAGAGAAAAGACUAUGACUUUCUUCAUCGCCCUCCAAUCGUGAAACCUUUCGCCAACCUUCAUUUGUGUACAAAUGCCAUCUUUCCAGUGGACAUCGCCAGCUCGAGCAUCAAGGCAGAGACAUUACGAGACUUUAAAACUAUCCCCGUUCUUCUUCUCAACAUCUCCUCUUCUUCAUCCCUGUGAGACAGGACCUCCCUGAGCUGUGAAUGAUGACAGGAGAGGAACUCUGCAUAUAUUUGUAAAAAUUGUCUGAAAUACAUUUAAUGAAGACUUUUUAAAGAGCAAAUGGAGAGGAAAUGCCCACGGGCAGCUAACUGAUAAGAAGGGUACGACUCAAACCUGGAAAGAUGCGGAGAUGCAGCCACAAUUUCUUCCAAGUUACGAGAAAAGUAGGGAAAUAAGGGAGGAAAAGUAGAGGAAAUGGUGUGUAAUGCAUUAAAACUUGUAGUCAAGUCUGUUUCGCAGAUUACCAGCUACUCUUCUGGAUGUGUUAUAGGUCUUGGGCAAUUGGUUUGUGUUAACACACUUACAUAAAACACACACACACACACACACACACACACACACACACCUGAAAGACUUCUUUGGGCCCAGGUUAUAUGCAUUGUGAAAAAAAGUUCCUGUAUUUGUUAUUUGUAUGUAUAAUUCAGAGUACCAAAAAUACGAAAGAAACAAAGAUGUAGAAUUAUUUCUUUAUGUAAUGCAGACUGAAUGGUUGUACAAAUUUAAUAAUCAUUAGUGUAAAAAGACUUGCUUUUUGUUGCGUAUUUUUUUCCUCAUUGAAAGAAUAAACUAGUUUAAUCUCUGUUGACAUCACACAAGAAUGUAAUGGAGAGAGCUUUUGUAUGCGUUCGUGUGCAUGUGUGCACGUCCUGUAUAUGUGUGCGCAUGAGAGUGAGUUUUUGUGGGUGUAUGUCUCUGCAUACGUGUGAUAUCUGACACAUGGCCUUCUUAAGCCACAAGGACACCUCUAGAUUUACCCAUAAUGCUUCUGUCUGC